UACAAGCUUGUUUGAAUUAGCAAACACAUUACAUUAGUGGUUAUGUUCUUAAUGUAUAUGCCGGAUCAAAACAUACUUGUUCAUAUUUGUAUCGAUAGCAUAAAAUAUAACAUUUAAAAUGAAACUGUAUUGUUUAUCGAGUGAACCAACAAAACCAUGUUUGGUUUUAAGUUUCAAAGGAAUUACUUUAAUGUUAGAUUGCGGCUUAAAUAUGCAAUCUAUACUACAUUUCAUGCCAAUGCCUAUGGUUCCCAGCACCAAAUUUAAUUCUUUACCUUUGUGGCUUCCACGUGAUAAUCAUCAAGAUUGGCAAAUAGAAGGGGAACUAAAAGAAUGUUGCGGCAGAGUAUUUGUAGAUUCGACCCCUGAAUUUUCCCCACCUUUGGAGAAAAUAGUAGACUUUUCAGAAAUUGAUGCCAUUUUGAUAUCAAAUUACACUUGUAUGUUGGCUCUGCCAUUUAUAACAGAGGACACUGGUUUCAAAGGCAUUAUUUAUGCUACAGAACCAACGUUACAAAUUGGACGAUUUUUUAUGGAAGAACUAGUAGAAUUCAUUGAACAAACUCCAAAAGCUACAUUAGCUAAACAUUGGAAGGAAAUGUUACAUGUAUUACCUUCUCCAUUAGCUGAUGCUCUUAAGCCAAAAUCUUGGAAACAUAUAUAUUCGAUAUCAGCAGUUAAUACUGCUUUAUCAUAUAUCCAAACAGUUGGAUAUGAUCAAAAAUUGGAUAUAUAUGGUGCAUUAACAGUCACUCCUAUAAGCUCCGGAUAUUGUUUGGGUAGCAGUAAUUGGUUAAUUUCAUGUGACCAUGAAAAGGUUGCAUUUGUAAGUGGAUCCUCAACAUUGACAACACAUCCUCGGCCUAUGGAACAAGCUACUUUGAAACAUGCUAAUAUGUUAAUAUUAACUGGUUUAACUCAAACACCUACUGCAAAUCCAGAUACUAUGCUUGGAGAACUGUGUAUGACUGUUGCUAUAACACUCAGAACUGGGGGAUGUGUUUUAAUACCAUGUUAUCCAUCUGGAGUUGUAUAUGAUUUAUUUGAAUGCCUUAGUACUCAUUUGGAUAAGUCUGGUUUCUCACAAGUUCCUUUAUUUUUUAUAUCACCAGUAGCUGAAACAUCUUUAGCAUAUUCAAAUAUUUUAGCUGAAUGGUUGUCAACAAAUAAACAAAAUAAAGUUUAUCUUCCUGAGGAACCAUUUCCACAUGCUUUUCUUGUUAAAAAUGCCAGAUUAAAACAUUUUACAUCUAUAUAUGCUGAAGGUUUUAGUUCUGAUUAUAGACAACCUUGUGUUGUCUUUUGUGGUCAUCCCAGUCUUAGAUUUGGAGAUGCAGUUCAUUUUGUUCAGUUAUGGGGUAAUAAUCCACAACAUACCAUAAUUUUCACAGAACCAGAUUUUCCAUAUUUAGAUGCUUUGGCACCAUUUCAACCAUUAGCUAUGAAAGCAGUGCAUUGUCCAAUUGACACAUCUCUUAAUUUUACUCAAGCUAAUAAAUUAAUUAGGGACUUGAAACCAGAACAUUUAGUUAUACCUGAGUGUUAUACACAACCACCAAUAACUGCUCCACAUAGAACAGAUCUUGUUAUAGAACCUGUAGGGGAAAAACCUUUAAUCACUUUCAAAAGAGGUGAAGUUAUAAAAUUGCCUUUAAAAAGAAAGAAAGGACGGGUGUUUAUUGAGCCAGAAUUAGCUGGAAAUAUAAUUCCUAAUGAAAUUCGUCCUGGUUUAAGUCUUGCUUCUGUUACUGGUGAAUUGGAAGUUAAGGAUAACGUAUAUACAAUAAAAAGCAUUGAAGAUAGACCUAGUGGAAAACGUAAAGCGUCUUCCAGUUCACCUGCACCAAUUAAGGAAGAAGUUCUUAAAGAAAGAAGACAUGAGUAUGGCAAUUUGGAUCCACAAGAACUCCUACAAAAGCUUAAUCAAGAAGGUAUUCAAGGAGCCAAGUUACAACAUAGUCCAACUGCGACCAGUAUUCAUUUACAAGAUGAAGAUACUUUGAUUCAAAUAGGGGAUAAUUCGACACAUAUAUUUUGUAACGGUGAUCAAAAGAUUAGGAGACGAUUAAGGACUAUUAUUAUGCAGUGCCUUAAGAGAUUUUAGAAUAAGAAGAAAAUACUACUAUUCUUUUACAUAGUUACAAUUUUAUUAUAAUUUAGUUUUAUUUAUAAGUGAAAUUUUGACUUAUAUAGCACACAGAAUAAUAUUCAUCCUAAGUACUUUCGAUUAAUCAUAAGCUACAAAGAUAUAUGUCAAUAUAUCUUCUUGCCUUUAUCUUGCAUAUAUAGGAUGUGAAACUUAAUGUGUUACAAAAUAAUAUUUCAGAGGUUACAAAAGGUACGCGAAAUCUUACGAUCGUAUAAUGAUCAUUUUAAAUAUUUAUAUGUUUGACUCAUUUACUAAAGAUUAAAAUAAUCAUAUAUACAUAAUUAUAUAUAUAGUAUUGAGGAAAUAGAAUGAAAAUAGCAAGCGCUGUCAUAGCAUAGCACGAUAAAAUCCUUGGUAUGAAAUAGUUUCAAUUACCUUAUAAUGCAAUAAUUACAUUCAAUGGUUACAAUUAAAAAUUUCGCACUUACUGUUCUAAUAUUUUGUAACAAAGCAAGCAUUACAUCUUAUAUAUACAUAUAUACAUACACGUCGAUCUAUACAUAAUCUUUACAAAUACAAUAGUUAAGAGCAUGGCAGUAUUAUAUAAUUUAUUUCAUUUAUAUCUUUUCAUGUUAUAAAAUACUUAAGUAAAUUCAUUAAAAA